AUGGCUGGUUUCAGACUCCGAAGCAUUUUGAAGCAGCUGGAGGACAAAGACAUUGACUAUGAGGACAUUAAAAAGAAUCUGGAUUUGACAGCGUCACUGCUGGAGGCUGUUUAUCUGGAUGGAACCAGGCAGUGCUUGGAAUCCGAGGAUGACCUCCACCAGCUUCAGUCUGACGGAGUUCCUGCAGAGGUCACGGAUUGGCUGGCGUCAACAUUCACUCACAGGGUACGACAGUCGGGGCGGCGGUCGGACGAGAAGCCAAAGUUUCGAAGCAUUGUGCACGCGGUACAGGCGGGGAUAUUCGUAGAGAGGAUGUUCAAGAGGGCCUACUCGGCCGCCAUGCCGGACCAGCCCGCCACUGUCGUAAAUUGUCUGAGGGACGUUGACCGCUGGAGCUUUGACGUGUUUGCCUUGAACGCGGCCAGCUCAGAUCACGCAUUGCAAACUCUCUUCUUUGAACUCGUGACCAGAUAUGAGCUCAACAGUCGCUUCAAGAUCCCCAUUUCGAGUUUGACGCUGUUCCUGUCUGCUGUGGAGAGAGGAUACUGCAAACACAACAACCCGUACCACAGCCACGUUCAUGCCGCAGACGUCACCCAGACGAUGCACUGCCUGCUGUUGCGAUCUGGGCUAGUGCACUGGCUAACAGAGUUGGAAGUGAUGGCUUCACUGUUUGCCGCGGCCAUUCACGACUACGAGCAUACGGGGACCACCAAUAACUUUCACAUCCACACAAAGUCCGAGUUUGCACUGAUCUACAACGAUCGAUCAGUGCAGGAAAGUCAUCAUUUGAGCGCAGCGUUCCGCCUUCUACAGAAUGACCAAAUGAAUAUCUUCAUUCAUUUGACUCGAGAGGAGUGGAUGGAGCUACGUUCUCUGGUCAUUGAGAUGGUGCUCUCCACUGACAUGUCCUCUCACCUUCUCCAAGUAAAAGCCAUGAAAUCCUGUCUUCAGCAACAAGAACGGAUCGAGAAGUCCAAAGCGUUGUCUCUGUUACUCCACACAGCUGAUAUCAGCCACCCAUCUAAACCAUGGUGUCUUCACUCCAGAUGGACCAAAGCCCUGAUGGAGGAGUUCUUCAGGCAGGGUGAUAGAGAGGCGGAGCUUGGUUUGCCCUUCUCGCCGCUGUGUGAUCGAAAAACCACCCUGGUGGCAGAGUCCCAGAUCGGUUUUAUCGACUUUAUCGUGUACCCGACAUUCUCCCUCCUGACGGACAUGGCAGAGAAGAUAGUCGUUCCUCUGGUGGAGGAGAACCCGGGCCCACUGGACCCAUGCAACAGACACAGCAACGUGUGGAAGGAGAGUUCCAGAGGCCUACAAUGGAGUCUGGCUCACAUCACUGCCGAGCUGGUCAGCUUCCGUUCCACGUGGACGCGGCAUACCGACGACAACAAGCUGAAGUGGAAAGACGGAGGCUCUAAUGGCUUCUCAGAAGUGACGAGAGAGCAGAGAAGUGCAACAGAGGAGCAGACGCACAAAUCCCAGCAGGAUGCCAACAAACAAACAAAAAACUAA